GGUGUGAAGCCAGGAUCCAGCAGUGCGCGCAGCCAAAAGUUUGGACUUCCCACUCCCAUCUGUUAUUAUGGGAGCUAGAGGUUUAAGAGGGGACAUUAUCUGCCGGUAUGUCAGUUUGAUUUAGACUCGUUCUGAAUGGUGGAUCACUCUGUUCCCGCGCGUACAAACGCUUCCAUCGGAUUUUACGCACACAUCACUGGAGAAAAGCAACAAGAAAACACCCCUGGGUGCAUUUUUCUCGAUUUAAAACAGAACGCAGAACUAACUCGAAAAUAAUUUCUAAUUCCAUUAGGGAAAUUAUUAGCCCUGGAGACACUGUGGGCGCGUUGUGCCAAAUAUGUUUGUGCAGUUUCACUUGCGGCACGCCUCUGCCUCGGUUUCCAAGCCAGGACUCUGGACUGUUUGCCUACCGCUGGCACUCCAUCGCUUCCAACACUUCACUGGAUUUUAACAGAGGAAAGUCUGUCUCAUUAACGAAGGUCAAUUGGUUUCUGAUAAUCUACUGAUCAUCUUUUGAGAAAGGCAAGGGCAAAGAAGGCGAUAACACAGCGCGCAGAGAGACUUUUUUUCAGUGGAUACGCAUUUUGGCACAACACCGUACCUAGAAGCGCAACGUGAUGCCGCAUCGGAUCCGCGCCCUGCUGCUGCUGCAUCUGGUUGUGCUGCUGCUGGCCUGGCAGGCCGGGGCAGUUUGGGGGGGCCGGGUACGAAAGAAGGCCACCGGGAGACGGUCUUGCACCGACCUACCAGACGAGAUCCUGGAGCAGAUGUUCGGGCGGCUCACGGUGGGAGUUAUGAGCGCUUUCCACCACGCCCUGGAGCUGGAGCCGCAGGACAAACUCAACCUGACUUGCCCGAUCACCGCCCGGUCCCCGACCGACAGAAAGACCCGCCUCCCGGUCAACCUGCUCAGCAUUUCCCCCUGGGCCUACAGGAUCUCGUAUGACCCGGCCAGAUAUCCCCGCUACAUCCCUGAAGCUUACUGCCUGUGUAAGGGCUGCCUGAUCGGGCCACAUGGUGAGAUGAGUGACCAGUACCGCAGCACUCCAGUCUACGCUCCCUCUGUUAUCCUGAAGAGGAUGGACAUCUGCAUCGGAGGCCGCCACGUAUACAACGAGAUCUAUGUCUCCAUUGCUGUGGGGUGCACAUGUGUGCCGCUGGUGGAAAAGGACCGGGAUGGCCCAAACAGCAACCAGAGCCUGGGGAGGGCAAAGCCCAAAACCAGGAAGCUUGUUUCUGCGGGCAAGAAAGUAUGAAGGAAGCAGGGCUGUGGUAAGUCCUUCUACAACAGAUCCACCUUUGUUGGUUUCUUUUUUCUUCCACUGGCACUAAACAAAAUUGAGGGUCUCUACCUAAAAGAAGAAGGACUUAAGAGUCCCUAAACAAGUACACAUUGAAUAUUUGAGUGAUUUACAUCUCUGUUCAUCAAUGAGAAACUUUUUACAUCUGUUAACAAAUGAGGACACUUUGUCUUUCAGUCUCACACAAAAUAAGACUUGAUUUAGUCUUCCUUCAUUCUUGGCUUGUUUUUGACUUUCUCUGGACACAAACAUGGAAUUGACCUGGACUUGAUAAAGAUGUCUUGAACUAAAGUUGUACAAAGAUGUAAAAAUCAAAGUAUGGCAAACUGAUGUGCACCUGUUGUAUUUGCUAGACAUCACAACUGGAGAGGAAAUACCUAAACAAUCCAGACAAAACUAGACGAAACUCUGAAGUACAUAAUGACAUUUGAAGAGUUUGUUCAGCCAAAGACCAGAGAACAUAUUCACUUCCUUCUUGUGUCUAGCCAUGCAGAUAGUUUGGGUUUUAUUUGCACAGGUUUUGAAAAAUCUGACAGUUACUAUCAGCAUAGAUAGUAACCACUAAAAAUGAAUGAUAAUAUAUAGUUGUUUGUAAUUUAGGUGGACCAACCCUUUAAAAAGUGAAGCAAACAAAUAUUGACCAAUGGGGGAGGAGAAAAAACAAACAAACAAAAAAAAAACCUCAUUAUCAUCAGUGACCUGAUCAAUGCUGCCACCUACAGAUGUAAAAACAUAAA